AUGACGCGACCCCAUAUUAUUCGAGCCGAUACGCUCGACCUGCAAGAAAAGACCUCUCCCACCGCGCAGGACCACUCUCGCCAGCCCGCACACCCAGCACCCCUCGGAAUUGGCCCCGCCGCGCCCCAUCAAGCUGCCGCGGUCAAGCAGGCCGACGACGAGCGCGCCGCCGAAGAUGCCAACCUGCAGAAGGCGUGGAACGACUCGGGGGCUGCUCUGCGCGACGACCCAGGCUCCGACGACGAGACGACCCUCGUCAACAAUGGGGAUCAGCAACAGCAGCUGCAAGACGAGCAGGCGAUACGCAUGAAUGGCGGCAUGUCGAGCGCCGGCGACGGCGGAGACAUAACCGACGCCGACAUUGACGACAUGGACGACGACGACAUGAUGGACAAGAUCUCGAGUUCGCCGUCCAUUGACGAUGAGUGCUUACGAUACACAGAGGACAUUGAUUUUGAAUUCGUUUACGCUCUGCAUACGUUUGUUGCGACGGUAGAAGGCCAAGCCAAUGCCACCAAAGGCGACACCAUGGUCCUCCUGGACGAUAGUAACAGCUAUUGGUGGCUGGUCAGAGUAGUGAAGGACAGUAGUAUUGGAUAUCUCCCCGCCGAGCACAUCGAGACGCCGACUGAGCGAUUAGCACGGCUGAACAAGCACCGAAAUAUCGAUCUAUCUGCUACCAUGCUGGGCGACACGGCCGAGAAAACGAAGAACCCCCUGAAAAAGGCCAUGAGGCGACGAAACGCAAAGACUGUUCAGUUCACGGCUCCCACAUACGUCGAAGCGUCUGAUUACGACUACUCAUCCGACGAAGACGAUGAGCAGGACGAUUCGUUCGAAGGGACAUCUCAACAGACCCAAGGCGAGGCAGCGCAAAACGGCCAGGAGCCAGAGCAGGAGGACGCACUGGCUGUCCAACCACUCAAGGUCAACGGGUCCAAGAAGGAGGCCAAAUCUUCGGAUAGCAUUGAUACUCCGCGAGAAUCAACCGACGACCUGUUGAAAGAUAGCGACAAACAACGAACCAGUGACGAGAUGUUUGAUCGACCUCUGGAUCCGAAAGUUUCGCGCAAUGGGACACUGCGAAACACAGAUUCGUUCUUCAAAGACGACAACGCAGAGACACGGAAAAUCACCCUUACGCCAAAUCUCCUCAGAGACGAUUCAAGUGGUUCAACGACGCGGUCCUUUGAGAGUAAGGAGCGAGGCCCUAGCCUGGAGAGUCUUGAGAAGAACGGAUUUGCCGACAAGGCCAAGGAUGAGAAGAAAAAGAAGGAGAAGAAGCCUGGGAUGCUCAGUGGGCUGUUUAAGAGGAAGGACAAGAAGACCAAGACCCAAGAUCCGGAGAACAGUGAUACUGAGAAGGUUUCCGAGGAGCUCGGAAGGGGCUCACCCCAGAGCAAGAACUCUGACGACUCGCCGACGGAGAACUCCAUGUCCGAAAAGGAGCCUGUGGUGCAACCCCAGAGGAAUCCCAGCAAGGGCAAACUCCAAAAGCAACCCCGAAAUGGUGAUGUCUCUCCUCCCAAGAACGCCCAGAAUACGUCACAGAAUACGUCCCAGAAUACGUCCCAGAAUACGUCCCAGACUGCAAGUCCAGAGCCCACAGCGCAGCUUCAGCCAGCUCCACUGAACUCCAAACCUAACGGUCAACAAAACUCCGGUACCAUGCGUCUUGUAUCCCCCGAACCUGAACAACCCCCGCAGGAGUCUCUGCAAGGACGCAUACAAUCGCCCGAGUCCACAGCCGAGCCACAACGGUCUCGGUCCCACUCCUCAGCCGCGAAAACAAAUCCCAUCGCUAACAUGUUGGGCCGCAGUCCGAGCGAACCUCGACCUGAAAAGGUUAGAAAGGCGAAGCAGCGUAUUCAGCUCGAUGAUUUCGACUCUUCAGCAGAUGACGAGAAGACAGAUCCUUUUGCAGACCCCCAUGAAACUGCAGAGGAGACGUCCCAGCGCCGUACCGACCCUUCAGAUUCUGCAGAGCGUUUAUCUGAAUCCCCGGUACAUGUUUCUCCGAGAGAUGCCCAACCUCCAGAGAACGAACUCUCUGGUCGCGAAAUAGAUCACGACGCACACAAUCCUCCCGACCUUACGGGCGACACUUCAAGCCAAGACUCAGGAUCACCAAUAUCAACUCCAUCCCUCCACGACAGCCCUUCUACAUCGCAGCCCUCCGCGCCCAAUCUCAUCGCCUCGCGCCCGACGGGCACACCAUCACCAACGACCCUGACGCCGCCCCUCACAAAUGUCCCAGCAGCCCCAAGUCGCCCUGCUCCGAUCCCUACGCACGAGAUGCAGCACUCCCCUCCGCCAUCCUCAACCGCUUCCCUCCCCGCAUGGUCAGACGCCAGCCUCCGCACCUACCUCGACGACGGUAGCGACAUCCGCGACAUGCUCCUCGUCGUACACGACACCUCGGGCGUGGUGCCAGUCGGACCGGAGCACCCCAUUAUGGCUGGCCUAUUCCAAGACGAACGCAGCGCCGUCAAGGAUAUGGGUGGUCGGCUGGACUCUUUACUUGGCGAGUGGUUGGUCAGGAAACGGAAGAAGCAGCUAUCCGCUCCUGUUGCAGCUCGGUAA